GGGAGGGACGGACGGAUGGGAUGGAGGGAGAGAGGGAGGGAUGCCAGCGCCGCCCCCUGCCCGCUCGCUCCCCCCCAGCGCACGCACACGGCCGCGGCGGGUCCGUCCGUGCCCGCGGGGGGCAGAGGGGUUCGGCCCAAAUUCCUGCGGGGCUACUGCACGCGUGGGGCUCCCCCCCUUUUCUCUCCCUCCACGCCGUUUUUGGGGAGCAGCGCGGCUCGGAGAGACGCCGGCCCGGCAGGGACGGGACUACUUUCGGGCACGGAGCGGCGGCACAAAGGCGGCAGCUCCUCCUCCUCCUCCUCCAGAAUAUGUUGCCUGGUGCCCAGGAUGAGAACUGCAUUUCUUUGUGCUGAAAACAUCCUUACAACAAAAACUUCACAGAGGAGAAGGUGCUUGAGUUCAGCUGAGCAUACAGCGUCUCCAUCUCCAGCCAAGCAACGAGCAAAAAUGGAUGACAUUGUGGUGGUAGCCCCAGGAACACAAUCCUCCCGGAACGUGAGCAAUGAUCCAGAUGUCAUAAAACUGCAGGAAAUUCCAACUUUCCAGCCCCUUUUAAAAGGACUCCUCAGUGGGCAGACCUCUCCGACCAACACCAAACUGGAAAAGCUGGACCCCCACCAAGUGCUACAGCUGUGUCUCCGGUACCAAGACCAUCUUCACCAGUGUGCAGAAGCGGUUGCCUUUGAUCAGAAUGCGCUUGUGAAGCGGAUCAAGGAGAUGGACCUCUCUGUGGAAACUCUUUAUAGCUUCAUGCAGGAGCGCCAGAAGAAGUAUGCCAAGUAUGCGGAGCAGAUCCAGAAAGUCAACGAGAUGUCUGCCAUUCUCCGCCGUAUACAGAUGGGCAUCGACCAGACAAUCCCGCUGAUGGAGAGGCUGAACAGCAUGCUGCCAGAGAGCGAGAGGCUGGAGCCCUUCAGCAUGAAACCUGACCGGGAGCUGAAGUCGUAGCCGAUGCUGCAGGCUUUCCCUCUUCAUCUUCCACACUCGAGCGUUCAGCGCAGACAUGCUUCCAACACACCGGCCUGGCAGAUGUUUGAAGCAGACUGCCGUGCUGCCUGACUUUCUGCCAGGGCAUCGGAGGAAGAGCAGCGUCAGCUGCUGGAACUAUGCAGCCAGGAAUCCAGGAGCUCCCUGGUCUCGUUGUUUGGAGAAGAAAAAUAACCGUUCUUUCAUCUCCCUCCUUUUGCCCUGCUCUCUCCUGCACCACUACUACCACCCUUGCUGAGACAUUCGUUUCAUUGCUGUAACUAGAUUUGGGUUUACAG